GUGCUGUGCUGUUUUGGGGUUUUCUGUUUUUUUGCUCGCUGCUCCAACUUGUGAAAGAUAUCCUUUUCACGUGACUUGUUUCUGUGUGCCCACGUGUUCUAUACAUUGUCUGUUGAGAGAGAGAGAGAGAUAGAGGGAGCCCUACCAACUGUCAGUAUUGAGUACACUACUCUACAUUAAUCUACACUUAUCUUCAAGUUAAAGCCUAAUGAGCACAGCAUCAUGCCCACGCAGCCCACGGACAGAGAAGCGAAUAUCGGAGAAGCUUCGGAGACGGGAGAUGACGAUGAAUGGAGACAUUGCGGACAAACUGUUCAGACCGGACUUUGACCGAAUGACGCUCGAUCUGUCCAUCAACAACCGUCCUGAUGUGUCGCCGAUAAAUUCGUCUCCAGAGAAGGCUAACGGUAAACACAAAGAAAGAGGAGAAGAUGGCUUCAAUAAGAACAGGAUCGAGGCUGCCUUGGGCUCCUACGCAGACUUCAAGCAGUUGCGGAAUUUCCAAAGAAUGCAAGGAAUUUCCUCUCUGCAAUCCCCCACCUGCACUCCCUCCCCCACCUGCACCGCCAACAAAGACAAACGCAAGAUGCCUGGCUCAACACGUGACCGCGACCCCAUAGCAACGGACUCUUCCACUACCAGCCACGUGACCACCAAAUCAACUGAUCUGAGAGAUAAGAUCAACAAAUCACGGACAAAACCAUGUGAAGUACCACGUGGUGUUCAGGUGACACAUCGGGCUCUGAAAGAGAGGGUGGAGAAGGAGGGCCUGUUAGAGUUCACCAAGUUACCUGGGAGCAAGGUCAAAAUUGAGGAGUCGGGUGAUGAGAGGAGAACUAAACAGGACAAGAGGAAAUACCACAACUCCAGCUCCACAGAGAGACGGAGAUCUUCCAGCGACCGUAAGGACUCCUCCGAAACCAGACACCUCUCAGGCGAGAGAAAGAGGGACCAGAGACGGAAAUCUGACCACAGACACCGGGACAGAAAGCGCCCUCACACAGCUGGAUCUGGGAUAGAUAGUGAUAUCGAGAGUGAUACUACCCUGUCUACCAGUGACAUCUUCAGACUCACUAGCAUAUUCAAUGUGAUGAGGUGUAACGGUGCUGGAGACAUGUCACCUCUACCUCACUCCCACAAGAAGACCUUAUCCUCCUCUCAAUCACGAUAUUCAGCUCCCAGAUGCGUAAGAGCAGAAGUGGAAUCUGAAGAUUCGGACGAGGAGGAACUCGACUUGGAGAAACUGAAGGCAAAAUUGAUGGACGAUUCUAUCCUGCCGUCCUCACCCGCCGUCAAGCUGAAAGGGAAACUGAUGGACGAGCCGUCCUCAACAGUGAAACUGAAACCGAAAGUGAUUGAGCCGUUGGUAUCUGCUGGAGAUCUCAGUGGUUCUGAUAUUGAUAGUGACCAGGACUGUGACGAGUUCCCUCUCAGUAAGAGCGUGAUGGAAAUUGACGUAAAAAAGGAACCUUUAUCUGACCCCGAGCCACGGUUCAAAUUCGACAGCAAUCCAAGUGUGAAAUUAGAGGAUCCGAAACCGAAAGUGAAAGUUGAGGAGAAACCUACAAUAAAGCAUGAGGAGAAACCGAAAAUGAAACCCAGGGUGAAGCUGGAAGAAAGACCAGUUGAGGACAGCGUUAAAGUUAAACCGGAAAGGAUAGAUAAAGAAGCUGUAAAGGCUUGUGCAGCAGCUGCAGCCUUCUCCUUACCAGCCCCUGAAACUUCAAUAGAGGUCGAAAAGAGGGAGCAGAAACCUUUUGUUGCUGUCAACCCGCGGAUGAAAAACGCCUCCCUUUGUGACGAUGAAGGGUCUGGGGCAAUGGGUGAGAUGUUGCGCAACAUCAGGGAAACUCCGGUUACUGAUGAUAAUCUUGUUGAUAUCAGACGAUUGUUGGCUUCAGGUGCCCAGUUUAAUCUGCUGCUCUCUUUUGGUUUUGAGAAGAUUUCCACCAGGUCCCUGAACCACCCCGAACUGAUUUCUUCCGUCAAAUCCUAUCGUUCAAAAAGAGGAGAAUCUGAAUCUUCUAACGAGGAGGAGGGUAAACCACACGAGAAGCCGUCGUGCAAAGUUCCGUGUAUUCCACGUGCAGACCAUGUGACCAAUGUGACCAAAGUGCCGGCCAUGCCGCGCGCAGAACAUGUUGCACGUGGGCAGCAUGAGAAACGCGAAUCUGUGUCACCGGACCGGGAUCAGUCUCCUGACCAAGUCUAUCACAGAGAUAAGCGAGAGUACGGUUACCCACCAAAAAGACGUAGAAUCACAAGAGAGCCCCCAGAAUACGACACAUUCCAACACUCUGCAUACCUGCAAGGUUUACACCAAGUUCCAGGCAUCCACACGAUUGCAGCUAUCCCCAGUUUAGCAUACCUAGUCCAACAACCCAGAAACCUCCUGCCCCCUACCAGGACUCAAUGUACCUUUGCUAGUGUAUCUCAGCAGGACAGUGAGAAGGGUGAUCUGGACAAGGCCCUAAAAGGACUCCUUAAGUUUGAGGUUUACUACAAGAAGGGUCAUGCGUUGAAGAAAGAGGCAGAUAAUAUAACCCACAACCAGGCAUUGAAGAUAAAGAAGUACAUGGAGGCUUCCAUCCAGUACGUAUACGCUGCCCUCAGUGCUCAACAGAAGCAGGAUUUCAAAAGCUGCUACGUGUGGUUGCACGAUACAGCUAAUAUCAUCGACUUUUGUUUGAGACUGCGGUCAAAUAACGGUCUAGAUGUCAGGAUACAGGAUAAGCGAUUAGCAGUCCUGUGUCUCCUACUGGUGUCCCACAUACAACGUACAAUCUGGACCAACAGAAGGGCAGAGUAUCUCAACCUACAGAGGUCAUGUAGCCACAUCAUCAGACAGAAACAGAAAGAGGUCCAGGUACAGAACCGGUCCCAGAGCAGCGGGGGAAACAACAACACCUCCAUGAAAUCAGGAGACUCACCAACUCCCUCACCUGCUGGCAGCUUGAUGAGCAUGGCCAGUUACACUGGAACUGAAGUGUUGGAUACCAACAUGCAUCACAAUACUGAUACUGUUCCAACUAGGUUCAUCAAGGAUAUCUCCAAGUAUUUCAAGCUAGCUCAAGCUCUCAACUGUUGGGUUGAUUACUGGGAGGAGGCCGGCACGUUAGCUCAGCAUUCUUUAGGAUUUUUCAACUAUCUGGACGAACAAGUGUGUCCUAUCAGCUCGACCACUCACCUCUACACUGUGGCACGGUAUGUGGGCCAAGGCCUUGAGAACCUCGACAACUACAAAGAAGCUUCCUAGCCACGUGGUAUCGGUAAUUAAUCACAUGACUUAAUUGAUUGGUCACGUUACUUGAUUGAUUGUUGUUCCUUUGGUAACGGUUUACGCGGUAGUACGUGCAGGCGCUGUCUUUGAUGCCUUUAAAGAUAAACAUUUUAUGUUGAGAAAUAUGUUCUUCAUGUAAUGUGGACUUUUGAGAUAAUAUGAUUUGAAUUUUAAGAUAAAUCUUCGAAAUAUAAUUGUUGAAAUUUUUGAAAUGAUUUAAUUCGCGUGGGGAAAGAAAAUAUAUCUGGGGUUAUCCUUGCUCCUUCAUAACGUUAUUUAAUCUGCCUUGCUCCUUUGCAAAGUUAUUUAUCCGGCCUGGUGAGUGCUGUACUAGAGUGGUCUCUGGUUUCCAUCAGGCUAGUUUUAAGUCACGUGCUCGAUCUAUCCACUUUUUUAUAGUCUCCAACUCAUGGUCCCUUUUAUUGAUGUUUUUAGAAGUUUUAUGGAUUUUGAUUGGCAAUUUUUGGCUCAUUUUUAUUUUGGACGCUCUGCCUUUGAAUUUGCUUUAAUAAUAAUAAUAGCGAUAGUUAAUAACUAGGAACACAGCUUACUUUACCACAACUGCAAGCUUUGUGGCAUGUAACGUGACAUGUCACGUGGUAGAUUCGCUAGUUUGUCUAGGUGCUAUUUUUAGGUUAAUUAUCAUGAGAUCUGCUGUCGUGGAUUCCACUAAGAUUCUUCAUAACAAAUUUUGUAAUUUUUUUUGAGUUCAGUCCGACCAAUGCGAUGAUGAAUAGGAAAACGAAAAUGUUGUGAUUUGGUUUUGUCUCCUUUUUUAUUAUUAAGAACCGUCUUUUUGCUUUUAAUAACGGUUAUAGUUGUUUUCAUUUAAUACAAUUUCGGGAAAGCUAUUGAUUAUUCCCCUUCCUCUUUUCACGUAUUCUUUGUGGGGUUUUCUGCCAAGUAAUUUGAAAGAUAAUAUCAGUGUAAAGGGUUAGCGAUUUUAACAUUUGGGAAUGUUUAUAUUCAGAUGGUGAGAUGGCUGACUGCUCGGUUUGAGAAGAUAGCUUAGAACUGCAAAUAUGGCCUUUUUAUUUUAAAAAAUUCCAGUAAAUCAAUAAAGAUUGAAUGAAUACGACCUUAAUUUACUCCAGCUUUGACACACUUUGAUCCCAUUUAACAUUCGUAUGAAAUAAACCUUCAAAUGUUUAGUAGAUUCGAAUAUUGAUAAUUUAAUUCCAUUAAAAUUAGGACACAAUGCAGUACUAGUUAUAUUAUCAGGCCAAGUUGCCAUGGCAUCUCACAACACGUGUUUACUAUCUGUAUUACAAAAAAAUGACAAAAGGGGUGCAAUAUACCAAAAAAAUGUCGACAGGAGAUGUAGAUAGUCGGUGUUUAUGAGAAUUUUACCCCGAUGGAGAUUUUCUAAUCAGCUGGUGUCGAUUUGAUUAUGUUGAUAUGAUUAUAUCUUGAUCUAAUUGAUGUUGUUGAUUCUUCUUUGACGGGUUGAGGUUUUCCAGAGUAUGUAAUAAUCCGAUUUCUAGGUCUCCUGUAUUUAUAAGAUAUUAUAAACAAUACAGAUACGCUAAACCAACACACAUACAAUCACACGAGCACGCUUGUGAAGGACAAAGAGGGAACUAUUUCACCUCCCUGCGUGUGCGUUGUCAUGGUUACACUAGCACGUGCGUGUGCGUUGUCAUGGUUACACUAGCACGUGCGUGUGCGUUGUCAUGGUUACACUAGCACGUGCGUGUGCGUUGUCAUGGUUACACUAGCACGUGCGUGUGCGUUGUCAUGGUUACACUAGCACGUGCGUGUGCUGCGUCACUGUGCCUUCUUUAAGGUCACAUUUCUCAAGAGAGCAGGUAGAAAAGUGCCCUCUAAGUCCGAAUCAAGUUGUGAAGCUUAAUAUAGCUCUGCCCAGAAGCAGAGGACUGUUUUUUUCAAGGGUACUAUGUAUAUGGAUUAUGGAAUGUACACCGUACAAGGUAUUGUAUAUGGCGGCGGCUACCAUGCCGUUUAGCCGCCAUGGAUCGGUCCUGCCGCCACAGCCAGCCCCUUCCAAACAAUAAUACGAGAUAACCGUCAUACUGCUCCUCAAUAUGUACGUUACACAGCAACUUGGUAAGUGUUGUUCGCACACCUCCUCGUUUAACAGGCGUUACUACACCUGAGUGUAGUGAUGGAAAAAACAAUUUGAAAAGUAGCGGCUGAUGGUGGCAGGUUCGGUUGUGAUCGUACAAACGUUCAAUUUGCUUGAAAUUCAAGGUAAUAUGUACAAUGAUAAUACUGUAUAAAGAAAACAUCUUACUUGUUUAUGUAACUAUGGUUACUUGUUUAUGUAACUAUGGUUACUUGUUUAUGUAACUACGGGAACUGUGAUUCCCUGUGAGGAAAAGGAGCCGCGAAAUGACUGUCUCUUUUUCGGCCGACUGAUUGCUGAUUUCCCGUGAGGGUGGAUACUGGAUAUUGAGAAUAUUGAUGAUGAUGAUGAUACGAUAUGAGACUGAGAUUUUGUAUGAUUUUUAAGAGAAUAACAGUGAAUUUGAUUUCUGUGUAAUAUAUGAUAUGUGAUGAACAGAUAUGAUAUCUCCCCGCCGACCUCCAGAAUGACCUUGUUCCGAAUAAAUCUAAUCUUAACGGUUAACCUUAACCAUCCCAAUCAUUUGUAACAUAUCCCGCCAUCUUUUAUCCUGUCCAACUCAACCUUCACAUCCCAAAAGUCUCCAUAUUGACUUAUUAAUGAAACAAUAAAUAAUAGGGCUCUGUCAUUCUGGUGGUGGAGUGGAGAGAUUGCGGUCCGGGUGGACUAAGAAACGGAGGGAAAUCGGAGUGAGAGAGAGAUAAUAUUGAGACAGUGGUACGAGACAGAUGGUCUGUACCGAAAAUUCAGCCAACAGGGCGACCGACUGGCAGGAGAUGACAUAUAAAUUAAUCAGUUGAUUGAUUAUUUAAUUAAUUAAUUAACCGAUUGAUCAGCUUGAUUCAGUGAUCAUUCCUACCAUUGCAAAUGCAACACUUGGUAUUCUCUUAGAGUAAAUCGCAUUUUUGUGGAUGGGACAAAUAACUAUAGAUAUGUUUCCUGGGAGUAUGCCAACUUUCGAAUUGUUAUCUCAGUUUUUUGUUGAAGAUGUAUGUUCUGAUGG